UGUUCACUUUAUGGGGUUGGUAUGGAGAAAGGGGGGAUGCGGAGAAUAGAAUCGGGAUUUCUAUACUGACCAACCAGCGAUAUAUGAUUACUGCGUAGUAUCUAAUAGUAUAGUAGCGGUACUAGAGAUAGAAGGAAAACUAGAGGGGCUGGGACUCAUUCUUCUUCGACGUGUAGAUUGGUCUCCUACCUGCCUACCUCCAACGCAGAUCGUGUUCCCAGAAGUUAUCCGCAUAGAAAUGACCAUGGAAAAGAUAGAACCGCAAGAACAUCUCGAGGGCCAUAUCGGAGAGGGGAAGACAGUUGCGUCGCUCGAAGAUGCCGGCCAAGAAGCACUUAAUGAGCAACGCAACAAGCGUCUCAAUCGACGGUUGGAUAUCCGCCUUCUACCAGUCCUAGCCCUCGUUUAUCUACUCAACUUCCUUGAUAGAGGUAACAUAGGGAACGCGCGCGUACUUAACAAAGAGACUGGAGAUGAUAUGCUAUCCAAGACAGGCAUGACAUCGAAUGGAUAUGCCUUAACCGUAACUCUCUUCUCGGUUGCUUACACCGUAUUUGAAGUUCCAUCCAACUGGAUCAUGAAGCAUUACGUUCGUCCUAGUGUCUGGCUUGCUAUUCUUCUAGGCUGCUGGGGAGUUUUGACUAUCGGCUUUGCUGGCGUGAAGAAUUAUGGAACCGUCCUAGCAUUACGUCUACUUAUUGGAAUGUUCGAAGCAGGUUUCUUUCCCGGUAUCGUCUAUCUCAUAACGAUUUGGUACCGCCACAACGAGCGAGCUGUUCGCAUAGCCUUCGUCAUUGCGUUUUGCAAUCUUGCAGGUGCCUUCGGUGGCGCGAUUGCAUACGGGAUAGGACAUGCCAAUGGAAGAUCCGGACUUGAAGGUUUCCGCUGGCUUUUUAUAAUAGAGGGUCUUAUCACGGUUGUCAGCGUAAUUCCCGUUCUCUUCGUCAUACCCGAUUAUCCAGCUCGUGCCAAAUUUCUUAGUGCCGAAGAAAAACAAUUUGCUGUUGACCGUCUUAAGGAGCGCGGUGGUGGUUACGACAGAACCCACGCUACGCGCAAGGAGAUUUUGGAAACCCUUUUCACCCCUCGAAUGAUUGCGCAUUACUGUGCAUACAUAGCGAAUGUCGUUACACAAGGAUCGUUUACAUUCUUUACACCAACGAUCGUUACAGGUUUGGGGUAUGAAUCAAUCCAAGCGCAGCUCUUAACUGUCCCACCUUGGGUGGUCGGCUUCGUGGUGGCCCUUUUGCUUUCAUACUCCGCGGAUUACUUUGAUUCUAGAGGUUCUCAUAUCACUGUGAUCUCGGUCAUCGGCGGCAUAGGAUGGCUUACCGCUGGCUUACUUCCAACGACCGCAUAUGCGAAGAGAUACGGGUGCUUAUGUAUGGCGGCUGCAGGUGCUUUCCCCGCGGCGCCAUCCAUGACCAAUUGGGUUACAUGUAACUCCCCGAGCAUGUUAACGAUUCCACUCGCGAUCGCCGUACAUAACUCGUGUGCGGGGCUCGGUCAGAUUAUUGCUCAGUGGAUCUGGAAGCAGGAUGAAGCAAUCUUGGGUUAUCCAACUGGAAACUUUGUAUGUGCUGCCUGUAACUUCUUUGUGGCGAUACUGGCUUUGUGCUUGAGACUUUGGUAUGGUAGGAUGAAUAGCAAAGGUGCGAAAGACGCUCGAGGGGAGAGUAGAAUUUGGUCAUAUUAAUGAAAUAACUUCUGUUUUUCCGUCCGUACCAACCGUUUAGCAAAGCAUUGACGCAGAAUGAUGCGUCGUCACAUUCCCCACCC